AAACUAUCUUUGCACAUGACUUUGACCCAGAAGGACAAUGAGAAGGCAAAAUAAAAAAAGUCUACCCACCAGCAUCAACAAUAAUACAGCGAAUUAAGUAUUAAUUAACGCUUCCCUUAGAACCAGUCAAAUACAUUAUCUAUCUGUAAUGUCUUUCAAGCAAGCCAAAAAACUUUUGGAGAAAAAUUACUCUUGCGCUUCUGUACCCCUUGCGCGAUCACCAAGACCAACUCAAUUUCACUGUUCCAAGUCAGCGUGGCUCCGACCCAAACAAAACCUAAAAUUGACAAAUCGCAAGCCACUUUGGAUCUGUUUUGUGUCAGCAUCGUAUGAGCAGCCCAACAUGUAUAAGAAAGGUCGAGCAAAAUAACUUUUCCUCCUUCGAUUUCCCUCGACUUUCAAUGGACCUUCUUGGUUCGUUGAGCAUCUUUGCUUGUGUUCUUCUUCACAUCCUCCAGCUUUCCAUUGCAGCUGAUUAUCUUCGUGAGUCGCAGUUCAUCAAGGACGAUGGAACCACGUUGGUUUCAAAAGGUGGAACCUUUGAACUCGGUUUCUUCACUCCUGGUACUUCCAACAAACGCUACCUUGGUAUUUGGUACAAGAAUAUCCCGGUUCAAACCGUUGUCUGGGUUGCAAACCGCAUCAACCCAAUCAACGAUUCCACUGUUACCUUAACUAUGGCCACUUCCGGCAAUCUUGUCCUGUCCCAGAACAGCACUAUUCUUUGGUCAACAAAUUCCACGGCUCAGGCACAGAGUCCCACCUCCCGGCUCUUGGAUUCUGGGAAUCUUGUAGUGAUCGAUGAGAAUGCAGGAAAGCCAGAAGCUUACUUAUGGCAAAGCUUUGAUCAUCCGUCUGAUACGUUAUUGCCAGGUAUGAAAUAUGGAUGGGACUUAAGAAAUGGUUGGGCGUGGUCUUUAACAGCUUGGAAGAGCCCGGAUGAUCCAUCUCCUGGAGAUUUUACCAACAUUUUAAUGCUUCAUAACUACCCCGAUUCGUAUAUAAUGAAGGGAACCAACAAAUUUUACCGAUUUGGACCGUGGAAUGGCUUGCGAGGGAGUGGUUCUCCCGAAGUGAAGACCAACCCUGUUUUCGAAUACACCUUUGUUGACGAUGGGGACGAGAACUACUUCAUGUUCAACCUCAAAAAUAGUUCUGUAUUAACAAGACUGGUAUUGAACCAAACAGAUUCUGCUCGCUAUCGUUAUGUAUGGCUGGAAACUGAGAAAAAAUGGACUAUUUACUCGAAAAAGCCAGUAGACUUCUGCGACACCUAUGGCCUCUGUGGAGCAAAUGGGAACUGCAUAAUUACUGAAUCUCCAGUGUGCCACUGUUUAAAAGGGUUCAACCCUAAGUCACCACAACAUUGGAAUUCGGCGGAUUGGUCUGGUGGGUGUGUGCGAAAUAAACCUCUGAACUGCUCUGAAAAACACAAACAUGGGUUCGUUAAAUUCACGGGCUUGAAGGCACCCGACACGACGCAAACUUGGCUGGAUGUGACAAUGAAUCUAGAGCAAUGUAGACAAAAGUGCUUGGAAAAUUGUUCUUGCACGGCUUUUGCUAAUUCAGAUGUCAGAGGCGCAGGUAGUGGUUGUGCUUUAUGGUUUUGUGAACUAACUGAUAUCAGAUAUUAUGCAUCUGGGGGACAGGAUCUGUACAUUCGAAUGGAUGCUUCAGAAUUAGAAUCUGGGAAAAAAAAGAAGUUGAUAAUGAUCGUUAUUAUCGCCAUUGGUGCAAGUUUUGGAAUGCUUUUAGUUGGGGGCUAUAUCAUCUACAGAGUCCGCAGAAACAGGACUGAGAAAUUAAAAAAUAUAGAAGUUCAAAUUCAAAACGAUGACGCUAACGAUGCAGAUCUCCCAAUAUUUGAUCUGCCAACAAUAGCAAGAGCCACUGAUAAUUUCUCGGAGAAGAACAAAAUUGGGCAAGGUGGAUUUGGACAUGUAUACUGGGGAAAAUUAUCAAAUGGGCGAGAAAUUGCUGUGAAAAGACUAUCAAGAAAAUCAAGACAAGGAUUGACUGAGUUUAAAACUGAAGUGAAGUUUAUUGUGAAACUACAGCAUCGAAAUCUUGUAAAACUUAUUGGCUGUUGCAUUCACGAACAAGAAAAAAUGUUGGUGUAUGAAUAUAUGCCAAACAAAAGUUUGAAUUCCUUCAUUUUCGAUGAAAGUAGAGGAGAGUUGUUAGAUUGGUCGAAACGCUUUGGUAUUAUUAUGGGGAUUGGUCGAGGACUUGUGUAUCUUCAUCAAGAUUCAAGACUACGAAUUAUUCAUAGAGAUUUAAAAGCAAGUAACAUUUUGCUUGAUGAUAAGUUAAUCCCCAAAAUAUCAGAUUUUGGAUUGGCAAAAACUUUUGAAGAUGAGGAGAUAGAAGGCAAUACAAAAAGAGUAGUAGGGACUUACGGGUAUAUGGCACCAGAAUAUGCUGCUGAUGGGUUGUACUCAAUAAAAUCUGAUGUAUUUAGCUAUGGGAUAUUAGUGCUGGAGGUUAUAUGUGGGAAGAAAAAUAGAGGAUUUUAUGUUGAAGAAUCCAAACAUAACCUUAUUGGUUUUGCAUGGAUGCAGUGGAAGAAAGGGAGGGCUUUAGAAUUGGUUGACAAAAACAUAAAGGACGAAUUAUGUAAUGAAUCAGAAGUAUUAAGGUGCCUUCAUGUGAGUCUAUUAUGUGUGCAGCACAAUGCAGAGGAUAGACCCACCAUAGCAUCUGCAAUUUUGAUGUUGGAAAGUGAGAUUGAACUUCCUGAACCUAAACAACCAGGAUUCUUUAAUGGCAACGAUUCAUUCCAACCACAUAGUUCAGACUCAAAUCAGAAGGAACACAGCUCAACCAAUGAAAUGACAGUUUCCUUACUUGUAGCCAGAUGAAUCUGAUAAUGGUGGUGAGCAGUAAAUUUAAACGUUUAUUGCAACUAUAUUAAGAAUGUACAGCUGAAUUGAAAAUCAUUAUAUUGUCUGGAGAUUGCCUAAAAGAUUGGUGUACAGAAUUGAUUUGAACGUGUUGAAGACGAGUGAAAUUUUUGGGGCCCUGAGCUCAUGUAAAAUUAGGAGGAGAGAGAUAUAUAGUAGCGCUAUAUGAUAAACAGAUAAACCAAGAAAUUAAAAUAG